UGAUAAUGGGGGUCACUAUGAAAACCUCUCCCCGCGCCGACGGCUGCCGGCCUCGCAGCGCUUGCUGGCCCGCCGCUGCUCUUCUGGGCAGCACGAUUUGCUUCCGAUCGGGUUCCCUUCGAUCCAGUAGAUCGGCGCCCUUCUGCAGCGCCGACUCGCCCCGUCGGUUCCUUCCAGCCGCGACUCCGCCCCGUCAGCCAGUCCAAGGAUUCAAGGCUUUGUUUUGGCGCUGGAGGCAGCGUCCUUUGCUCCCCCCGCCGUCUCCUAGCAACCCAAAAUGCACCUGCCCUGAAAUCUUCUGAGUCCAGGUGUUCCUGGAAGUUGCUUUCUGCAUCAAUCCCAACAGAGUUGUUUUGCAUUGUCAGUAAAGUGCAGCCAUGAUGAGUCAAGCUGAGGAGAGCGAGGGAAUAGACGAUGGGGAGAAGAAUGAGUUGUUUCUCUUCAGCUACGAACAAAGUGCAGCUGAAAUGAGUCCAGAUGAUGAGCCAGCCAAGAACAGCUGCAAUGUGUCAGAACUGAUAAUGACCUCUCAAAGCGUUAAACAAGGGCAAGCACAGCAUGUCAAUAGGCUGCCUUUUAUGGAGUCCCACGCAUCGCUUUUCCAUGCCAUCCAUUCAAUCACAAAAUCUAUUAGACAGUUUGGAGAGCAUGAAGGUGGCAUAACCUUGAAGGUCACGAAAUGUCGUCACAUUGACCGUGGCGCAUCUCAGGAAGAGGCUGUUAUAAAGGAAGAUCUUGAUUUGGCUCAAGAUUCACAGGAUUCCAAUAGAGACUCAUUGAAUCCUGACUUGCUGAAUCCUGUUAUGGUUACAGAUUCACAGGAUCGUGAUUUGGCUGAAGACUCAAAAGAUCAUGACUCAAAGGAUUCCGGUUCCCCUAAAGACUCGCAGGAUCUUGUCUCACAGGAAUCUGACUUGGCUAAAGAUUCACAGGAUCUUGACGUACGGGAUUCUAAGUUGACUAAGGACUCACAGGAUUCUGAGUCGACUAAGGACUCACAGGAUCUUGAUGCACGUGAUUCUGAGUUGAUUAAGGACUCACAUGAUUCUGAUUUGGGUAAAGACUCACAGGAUCGUGAUUUGACCAAAGACUCGCGUGGUCCUGAGUUGGCACAGGACUCCUGGGAUCCUUUCACAUGGGUUCUUGAGUUGGCACAGGACUCCUGGGAUCCUGACUCCUGGGAUCCUGGUUUGGCUAAAGGCUCAUGGGAUGUUGACUACUGGGAUCCAGAUUUGGUUAAAGCUUUUCUGGACUCCGAUUCACGUUCAGCUAAAGACUCACAGGAUUCUGAUUUGGCUAAAGACUCACAGGACUCUAGUUCACAGGGUCCUGAUUUGACUGAAGACUCACAGGAUCCUGAUUUGACUAAAGACUCACAAGAUCCAGAUUCAUGGGAACAUGAUUCAACUAAAGACUCGCAGGAUCUUGAUUCGGCAAAAGAUUCACAGGAUCCGGAUUUGGCAAAAGACUCACGGGAUCCGGAUUUGGCAAAGGACUCCCAAGAAGCGAAAGAUACUUCUGCACCUGUGCCUUCCACUCAGUCUAAAUUAAAAAGCAAAAGCGUUAUUUCUAGAACGCAACAGAAACAUUACCUCAUGGAACUGCCACCAGCACACCUGCUUCCUUACCUGGUUUUAAUCAAGAGGGUCAUGUCCUUGCCAAUUUCUGCCAUUCAAAAGCAGUGUCUUUCGGGAGAGAUAUUGUGCAGAAUACAGUAUUUUACACUGAAGCUGCAAAAGAAGAAACUACUGUCUCGGGCUGCGUUAGCAGAGCAACCCACUCAUAGGCUACCAACAGUUCGAGAAACAGGCUAUGUAACUUUUGAUUGCCUGAGGGAUCUACAGUGGAAGUUAUACAAAGGCAUUGCAAAACGGAAACCCAAAACAAUUGGCGUGGAGAGGAAAUCGUCUUACAGCUACGGAGUCACAGGAACCACCUUUGCCAAGUUUACAGAGUACGUCCUCCCCUUGAUCCCGAAGGGCUGGAUAGUUGAUGACUCUCUCAAGUUUUCUGAGAAUAUGGUUGUCCUGUUUGCACAAAACACAGACUUACUGGAGGGCAGGGUCUGACAGUGGAGAAAAUCUGUCUGAAAUGGCAUUAAACACCUUUCGGUCUUGGGUGA